ACGGUUCAAGAAACAGCUGAUUCAGCUGAAGAGCCGGAGACUGAAGAGCACACUUCCAAUUUCCAAAAGCCUUUCUUGCCUUUUCUCCGUCGUUUCGUUCUCCUCGCGCGGUAGUCUCCGCUUCGCGUUGGAACCGUGCCUUUGAGCGGUACCAUUCGGAGCGUUCCUGUUCAAAGUUUCGAACGGCUCGUCGUUUCGGCGGUGAUCAUGGAAGAUACAGAGAGCUGCAUUAGCAGAGACGUGGAUUUCGCGCCAACUCUUAGUCGGAAGCAGAGGCAGAAGGUCGAAGUGUACAAUCAAGUUCUUCAUCGUCUCAGAGACUUGAGAUUCGCAGAGACCAGUCUUCCUGGUUUUGAGGAUGAGCUUUGGGCGCAUUUUCAUCGCCUCCCUGCUAGGUAUGCAUUGGAUGUGAAUGCCGAGAGGGCACAAGAUGUUCUUAUGCACAAAAGAUUAUUGCAUAUGGCACGCGAUCCUGCCACCAGACAUGCAAUUGAAGUCCGUGUGGUGGAGGUUCAUUUUUCUACUGGUGGAAAUUGUAGUUAUUCUUUUCAUUCGAACUCUCAAAUAAAAGUGGAUGCUCAAUGUUCUGAUCAUUCCAGCGAAAAGUGUGCUCAUCCACCACCUGCCUUUGGUUCGUCAACUGAUGUCGAACCAACUCUUGAAGUCAACCACUUACAUGUUGAAGAUACACAAAAUGGCAUGACUGAUAUUCAUCUUUGUUCCUGGGCAACGCAUGAAAUUACAAUUUCAACAAAUGACAAGCCCAAACUUUUCAGUCAGUUGAGUUCCUUACUGUAUGACAUUGGCUUGAACAUUCAUGAAGCGCAUGCUUUUUCCACUACAGAUGGCUACUCUUUGUUUUUUUUUGUUGUUGAUGGCUGGGCACUUGAGGAGAUCGAGCAGCUUCGAAAUACACUGCUAAAGAAAUUACCAAGAAUUGAGGUAAGCGCGGCACGUAAAUGAAAUAAGACUAUCUGCGAGCUCGCUCGGAAUUGGCUUAAUAAAGUUUGACUCGUGCGCAAUUCGAGUAUUAAAUGAGUUGUUCGUAAACAGGAAAAUAGGCUCGAUUAUUAAGUGAUACAUACAUGUAUAAAACCAAACUCGGCUCGAAUAAUGUUCGUAUAUAUCACUAUAUAUAUAUAUCUUAGAUCGGGUUUUCGAUUUAAAACCCGACUUGGCUUGAAUA